AUGAUAAAACUUUCACAUAUUUUCGAUGGUCUUUGGAGGCAAUCCAUUGUUAGGUGUGCAGAUAAUAGUGGAGUAAUAAAAGCAUGUAUAAUUGGUAUCGGAAAGAAUAAAUGGGGAACAGGAAAAAUAGGAGAUAGAAUAAGAGUAUCUAUUAGAGAUAAAACUAGUGAAUGUACCGUUUCAGAAAAGACACCAAAAGGAAUUAUUGUUAGAAGAAAAAAAGAAACAAAAAGAAAAGAUGGAAGUUAUAUAAAAUUUGAUGAUAAUGCUUUUGUUAUGAUAUCAAAAAAUAAACUCAAAGCUACAAAAAUAAAAGGCCCAGUUGCAAUGGAAACUAGACACAACUGUAGAAACUUAGCUAGGUUCAUUUUUUGA